AUAAAUCGGGCCGCUUGUUACGUCAGUUAUACAAAAUAUUUACGGCUGUGCUUGUGUGCGCUUAAAUUUGGCAAAAUUCAGUUCGUUUACGUAUACAACAGUCCGUCCAACGCAACGGAUUCAUAUCGAACUGCCGUAGCGCCCUACGCCCCGUACGCCGCCGAGCAGCAACGACAUCAGGAUCUGCCCUCGGACACCGAACAGCUCGAGAACGACGCCGAUCCCGACCCCGACGCCGAUCUGAGCGAGCAAAGCAGCAGCAGCGGCUCUUCCAUACCUGCCGCUGCACUGAUCGCCAGCAAUAGCAUCUACAACAACUACAGCAGCAGCAACAACAACAACAACAGAAAUUGUAGCAGCAAGGCGAAAUCAACAGCCAGUAUAGCGGAAGCAGGAAGAAAAGCAAACAGCAACAGCAGCAACAACAACAACAAACUCAACUACAAUAUGGCGGUGGUGCGCAAAAAACAGGAUGACAAAUACCUGCUCGCUUUGCGUGAAUUGGUAACCAGCGGCGCGAACAAUCGCAAUCGCCAAUGCUUCGACUGUGGCCAGAAGGGACCAACCUAUGUCAACAUGACCAUCGGUUCCUUUGUCUGCACACGCUGUUCGGGUGUUCUUCGCGGCCUCACGCCUCCACAUCGUGUCAAAUCCAUUUCGAUGGCCACAUUCACACAGGACGAGAUCGACUUUCUCAAAACGCAUGGCAACGAGUUGUGUGCCAAGACCUGGCUGGGACUGUGGGAUCCCAAGCGUGCCGCACAUCAACAGGAUCAGCGCGAACUCAUGAUCGAUAAGUAUGAGCGUAAACGCUAUUAUCUGGAGCCAGCUAGUCCUCUCAAAUCGCUGCCCAAUGCCGUCAACCUGAAGUCGGCUUCAGCAAGCACAGCCACGGCAAAUGGCCAGCAGAAUGGCUAUCACAAUGGCAGCAACAGCAAUGGCUAUGCCAGCAUUCAUCUGACGCCGCCUGCCGCACAGCGAACCUCGGCCAAUGGCCUCCACAAGGGCACCAGCAACGGCACCAGUUCGUCCACGGCCAUUAGCCGGCCGCAACACCAUCAUCUCCAGCAGAACAACCAUCAGCAUCACAAUGGCCAUCACGAUGCCGCAUUCAAUAUUUCCAACGGCCUAAACGGUCUGACUAGCCUCAACAGUGCUGGUUCCACAUCGACGGGCGCCCUUUCGGAUACGAGCAGCUGUGCCAGCAAUGGAUUUGCUGGCGAGACGGACUUUGUUGCCGAUUUCGGGACAGCCAAUAUAUUUGAUGCGACAUCGGCACGUUCCACCGGCUCGCCGGCGGUGUCCUCGGCUUCAUCGGUCAGCUCCACCAAUGGGUAUGCCAAGGUGCAACCCAUACGAGCGGCUCAUCUACUCCAACAACAACAACAACAGCAGCAACAACAACAACAACAACAACAACACCAACAAAUGAUGAAUGGCAAUGGCACGGAAAACUUUGCGGACUUUGAACAUGCGCCCAUUUACAAUGCAGCUGCAAUGAAUUAUAAACUUAAUAGUGUAAGCAAUUUGCAAAAUGGCCAAAUCAAUGCCAAUGGCAACAACAACAACAACAGAGGCAACAGCAGACAUAGUUUUUACAGCUUUAGCGAAAGCACGCCAAAUUUCAAUGAUCCAUUCGAUCAGAUCUAUCUGGGCGGUGGGGCGCAACAAUUUGCAACCAGAUUUGAAAGUGAUUUUGUGGCACAGCCACGCCCACAACAACAACAACAACAACAACAAUCAACAAACUGCUGGCCACAGCCAUUUGAUUUUAAUGACAACACCAGUUGGUCAUCUAUGCCUGAAGCUUGGAGCGUUUGGCCAACGACAGCAGAAGCAACAGCAGCAACAGCACCAGCAGCAACCACAGCCAGCAACUGCACUUGCAACUGUGCCAAGCAGCAGCAGCAACAACAACAACAACAGCCUUAUAGCUUGCUCAGCAAUGCACAAUCCAGCUCCUCCAUAGGCUCCAGUUGCAGUUAUCGCUACGCCAACAACUUUGUCGAAGAAGCUGCCAAGCCACCAAUUGCUGCCACAGCAACAGAAGCCGCAGCGGCAACAGCAGCAACAACAACAACAGUACUCGCAACAUUGUCGCCUUUAAAUCCAUUUCUGCCUUAUUUAUUAAAUGAGCAGAACAGCAACAACAACAACAGCACCAACAUUGUAAAGGCCGCAGAAACUGCUGAAGUCUUCAAUUCAUUCUCAAAUGAUUGCCUCGUUUCCCAAGACGGCAGCGAAACUGAAACCGAUACGACAGCAACAACAGCAACAACAACGACAAUAAACACAGUUUGGAGUUACAAUAAUUUAAAUGCAAAUAAUCAUGAUUUCUUUACGUGGAGCGCGCCCCUGCAGAAUGGCCACAAGUCGAACGGUAGCAACAACAACAAUAAUAAUAAUAAUAACAACAACAACAACAACAGCCCAAAGGGGAUUAGUGCGCCCAGCGAGGAUCGCUAUGCAGCGCUCAAGGAUCUGGAUGAGCAGCUGCGCGAAAUCAAGGCCAGCGAAGCUGCCGCAGCAGUGGAGGCAGCCACACCCCACACUGUCAAUUGCGCAGAUUUCUUAUUUGGCACUGUGCACAACAACAACAACAACAACAACAACGGCAGCAUCAGCAGCAACGGCAGCAGCAAUGCCAACCCAUUCAAGAGCCAACAACUACAACUGCAACAGCAACAACAACAACAACAGCAGCAGCUGCUGCUGAAUGGGAACGGCGCCGGCCCAAUUGUGAAUCCAUUCCAGCAGCAGAAUCUCUACGGGCAAUUGACACUCAUACCAAAUGGCUUUGGAGGCAACAGCAACAGCAGCAGUCAACCUCAAGCGGCGCAGCUGCUUCAGCCCGCAGUGGCGGUGGCAGCGGUGGCAGCAGCGCCGACCCAGCAGGCGUCCUUUUACAAUUUCAAUGGCAGCUCUGUUGGCACCGGCCCCUACGCCUUGCCCCAAGCAUUGCCGAAUGGCUGUGGCUUUGGGAGCAUCAUGCAGCCGACGCCCGUCAUGGCCAUUGGUGGUGGCGUCUCAGCCUACAAUAAUCCCUUUGCGGCCAGCGGCGGCGCCAUGAACACCAAUAAUCCAUUUUUAUGAGAUUGGAGCAAAUCGAACAACAAUAACAAUAACAACGAGGCAUUGAACCAGCCACUUGCAACUUGGCUGAAACGUUGAACAACCACAAACACAACAACAACAACAACAAAAGAAAUGAAAGAAAGAAAGCAGUUGAACAAAACAAAACGCAAAACAAAACAAAGUUUAGUCCAUUUUAUGAACAAUUUAAUUACAAAUAUUUGUAUUUACUUGUUGCCUUUAGCAUCUAUAGAAACUUUUUCACUAUCAAAACAAAAACAAAAAUGAAAAUGAAAGAAAACAAAACAAAAAACAAAAGAAAGAAAGAAAGAAAUUAUUCAACAUGCAAAAAUUUACAACGCAGCCAAUGUCGUCUGUCUUUUGUCAUUGUCGCAUUAGCUUAACUUAAAUACUAUUUAUAAAGCAUACUAACCUAAGAUUGAGCGAUCAAGCGAGCUAGGCCUGUAAGUCGAUUUAUGUAAACAUACUAUACAUAUACAUAUAUAUACUAUAUAUACAUCUAAAUAUGCAUCUUAAAAUUUAAUGUAAACUCUAGCCCCCACCCCCUCAUCAGUUUAGUCAACAGUUUUGCCUUGCUAUACAAAUACAAGUAUAUAUGUAUUCUUUAAUUAUAGAUUUUAUUUUCGUGUUUCUCUCUUAUUUCUUAUCGAAAUUGUUUGUCCCUUCUUUUUGUUUCGUUUCGCGUAUUUUUUAUAAAUUUUUGCGCGUUUGUUUUUAGGGUACGAAGAAGCUCUGUCAGUUAUUGAUUGUGUGGCCUUAAUAAGAUUAUGAUACUAUAAAUUAUGAACUAAUACUACAUAUAACAUGCAAAAACAUGCAACUAAAUAUGUAUAUAUAACAAAUAUAUAUAUGCUUUUGUACCUAAAUUAAA